AUGAAGAAUUAUGAUUUGCCAAUUGCAGGUGCAGAAUCUGGAGGCCAAGAUGAUCGAGAUGAUUCUGCCUAUACGAUAGGCCUUCCUGAGAGGAAUGAUUCUGAUGAACUGCAGCAGCAAGAAAUUAUUAUUGACAAGAUAAAAGAUGCAACUAUGAAGAUCACUGGUGCGUGUAGCUGUUGGUUUACUGACUGGUGUUGGUUGAAGUUCAUCCCAUAUAGACGCGACUCUUAUAUUCCACGUAAAGAUUCUGGAGCAGCUAUGGCUUCUGAUGUCGCCAAUGUGGAGGCCUCAGUAGCAGAAAUUCUUGUGCGCGAGUGGCAGGAUGUCAAAUCUCAGGCUCUUGGACCAGAUCAUUUUCUUGGAAAAUUGUCAGAGGUGAGAAUUUCUUAUUUAGUUUUUCCUCUGCUUUACUAG